CUCUGAGUGUACCCCUUCCUGACAGGAUUGGUGCUAGCUGGUGGCACUCAGAGCUCUUGACCUAGCCAUCUGGGAAAAGGUUCUGCAGCCAGUCUAGCCAGUAUUGACAAGUUCCACACUCCAACUCCCCCAGUGCCAAGCCUGGGGCUGCAAGAGGAGGAGGCAGCUUCUCUGGCAGCCUGUGGCCAAAAAUAAAUAUCCUGGAGAAGGGGCCAAGGCCUGAGAAAAGAGGGAGGUGGCCUUGAAGGAUAUACGGUCUGGUUUCCCAGGUCCCAGCCUCCGGGGAUCUGCUGGCGAGGCACAGGGAAGGAGCUCACCUGUUUUUCUCUUCUGUCUCUGCAGCACACUGAGCGUGUCUAAGUCCCAUCCUGACCUCCAUGGCUCCCGGAGAGAAGAUCAAAGCCAAAAUCAAGAAGAAUCUGCCCGUGAGAGGUCCCCAGGCCCCCACCAUCAAAGACCUGAUGCACUGGUACUGUAUGAACACCAAUACCCAUGGCUGCCGCCGAAUCGUGGUGUCCCGGGGCCGCCUGCGCCGCCUGCUCUGGAUUGUGUUCACGCUCACAGCCGUGGCUCUCAUUAUCUGGCAGUGUGCCCUCCUCGUGUUCUCUUUCUACACCGUCUCCGUCUCCAUCAAAGUCCACUUCCAGAAGCUGGACUUCCCCGCCGUCACCAUCUGCAAUAUCAACCCUUACAAGUACAGCGUUGUGCAUGACCUGCUGGCCGAUCUGGAAAGAGAGACUGAAGCCGCCUUGAAGUCCUUGUAUGGCUUUGAAGAGGUGAAGCAUCGGAGGCGCCGAGAAGCAGGGGCCCCAAGCUCAGCCUGGGAGGGUGGCCCACCCAAGUUCCUCAACCGGAUCCCUCUGCUUGUCUUCAAUGAGCACGAGAAGGACAAGGCCAGGGACUUUGUCACCGGCCGCAAGCGGAAGAUCAGUGGAAACAUCAUCCACAAGGCUUCCAAUGUCAUUCACGUCCACGAGUCCAAGAAGGUGGUGGGGUUCCAGCUGUGUUCAAAUGACACCUUCGACUGUGCUACCUACACCUUCAGCUCUGGGAUUAAUGCCAUCCAAGAGUGGUACAAACUCCACUACAUGAACAUCAUGGCACAGGUGCCUCUGGAGAAGAAAAUCAACAUGAGCUACUCCGCAGAGGAGCUGCUGGUCACCUGCUUCUUUGAUGGGAUGUCCUGUGACGGCAGGAACUUCACGCUCUUCCAUCAUCCCAUGUACGGGAACUGCUACACAUUCAACAACAGAGCAAACACCACCACGCUCAGCACCUCCAUGGGCGGCAGUGAGCAUGGGCUGCAGGUGAUUCUGUACAUCAACGAGGAAGAGUACAACCCCUACCUGGUAUCCUCCACUGGGGCUAAGGUGCUGAUCCACCGACAGAAUGAAUACCCUUUCAUCGAAGACGUGGGGACUGAGAUCGAGACCGCCAUGUCAACCUCCAUAGGAAUGCACCUGACAGAGUCGUUCAAGCUGAGCGAACCCUACAGCCAGUGCACGGAGGACGGGAGCGACGUCCCGGUCAAGAACAUUUACAAGGUCGCUUAUUCCCUCCAGAUCUGCCUGUACUCGUGCUUCCAGACAAAGAUGGUGAAGAAGUGUGGGUGUGCCCAGUACAGCCAGCCUCUCCCUCCAGGCGCCAACUAUUGCAACUACCAACAGCACCCCAACUGGAUGUAUUGCUACUACAACCUGUACCAGGCUUUUGUCCGGGAAGAGCUGGGUUGCCAGUCGGUGUGCAGGGAAACCUGCAGCUUUAAGGAAUGGACCCUGACCACCAGCCUUGCACAGUGGCCAUCUGAAGUCUCCGAGAAGUGGCUGCUCCCUGUCCUCACCUGGGACCAAGGCCAACAAAUCAACAAAAAGCUCAACAAGACAGACCUGGCCAAACUGUUGAUAUUCUACAAAGAUCUGAACCAGAGGUCUAUCAUGGAGAGUCCAGCCAACAGUAUCGAAAUGCUUCUGUCCAAUUUCGGUGGCCAGCUGGGCCUGUGGAUGAGCUGCUCCGUCGUCUGCGUCAUUGAAAUCAUCGAGGUCUUCUUCAUCGAUUUCUUCUCCAUCAUCGCUCGACGCCAGUGGCAGAAAGCCAAGGAGUGGUGGGCCCAGAAGCAGGCUCCCUCUGGCUCUGAGGCUUCAGCCAGCCAGCAGGGCCAGGACAACCCAGCCCUCGAUAUAGACAAUGAUUUACCCACAUUUACCUCUGCCAUGCGCCUGCCUCCAGCUCCAGAUGUCCAGGUGCCAGGCACCCCGCCUCCCACAUACAACACCCUGCGCUUGGAGAGAGCCUUUUCCCACCAGCUCACCGACACCCAGCUGCCCAGUGAGUCCUGAGGCAGGAGAGGGAAGGACUGGGUGAUCAGGACCCCCUGCUCUGGACGGGUCUGAGGACUUAGCCCUGGUCCCCCAAACGGAGGGGACCUCCUGAGAACAAAGCAGGACCUUCUGGGCCCUGCCCAUCAUUCUCACUUGUGACCAGGCCAUGAGGAGUGAGAGCCUGUGGUCCACACUGGGCAUGCCCAGGAGACUGAGGCGGAGGCAAUGGGGGGCCCGGCCUCAGUGGAAGCCAUGCACAGCGUUCUUCCUUGGGUCGGGAGAGAGAAGGAUGCUUUCAAACUUCAGGCCCAGGGCGUCCCCCACUUUCCUGGCCUGGGCUGGGGCUUGAGGAUAUGGCUUUAGGUAGCAGGUCUGGACAGCCACUGCCUCACACCAAAGACAAGAGGAAGGGCUGGCCCUGCAGCUGCUCCCAGCCACGGACAUUGGGGCAGUCAGCCCCGAUCCUGGGAGUAUCUUUUGGGAGGGAUACAGCAAAGGUGUUCCACUCCGGGACCGUGGCGUGGGCAGCUAAGCCUGGGCCCUCCCCAAAGCAGAAUGGGGCUCGUUCAAAAGCACAACUGGACACACAGGCCAAAUGAUGUUUCCAUACCCUCCCUCAGCUGUUCUUUCCAUAGCCCAUCUCAGCACCACCCCAAAACAGACCUCUCUUGACCACCACUAAUACCUCGCCCCGUCCCCCCCCCCCAACAAGCCACCGGUGCAGAGAGCCUGCUCAGUGCCCUGUGGACACCUUCGACUUCAGCCCCACCCCAAAAGCAGGAUACUGGGGUAUCCUAAGCAUGUAGGAAAACUAAGGGACAGUGAGGGACUGUCCACAGACUAAAUACAUGAACUAAAAGUGUGUAUGUGUGUGUGUGUGUGUGUGUGCAUCAUUGUUAAAUAGCUAAAAAUACCUACCAAGCAAAGGAGAAUAUUUGUGACUUGUGAAAAGAAUGCAAGAUUCAAAUGUCAGGGUCUAUCAAUAAAGUUUUAUUGACACA